GAGGAAGAUGGAGUCGAGUUGCACAAAUGCUGCUCGUCUGUUCGCUAUUGUGCUGUCCUGCUGCGAGUGGGAGGAAAUUUGGGACAUUCAAUCAGUGCUCUCCACCCUACAAAAUCAGGUGAUGACGUGUCAAGAAGGUGCCGGAAGCAGCAUUGUCGCUCCAAAAAAUGGCUUACCAGACAGUCCGACAGGAAUAUUUACAGAUCCCUGUGGUCACAAGAGCUUAUACCACCGCCUGCGUACUCACUACAGCCGCCGUGCAAUUAGAGCUCAUCACACCUUUCCAGCUUUACUUCAACCCAGAUUUAAUAUUGAAGAAUUACCAGGUAUGGCGGCUAAUAACCAACUUUUUGUUUUUUGGUCCGGUUGGGUUCAACUUCUUAUUCAACAUGAUAUUUUUGUACCGAUACUGUCGGAUGCUGGAGGAGGGCUCCUUCAGAGGGAGAACUGCUGACUUUGUCUUUAUGUUCCUCUUCGGUGGCCUUCUCAUGACUAUUUUUGGCACGUUUGUGAAUCUUGUGUUUUUAGGUCAGGCUUUCACCAUCAUGCUCGUGUACAUCUGGAGCAGGAGGAACCCAAACGUGCGCAUGAAUUUCUUCGGCCUUCUGAAUUUCCAGGCCCCCUUCCUCCCGUGGGUGCUCAUGGGAUUCUCCCUGCUGCUGGGGAACUCCAUCAUUGUGGAUCUUUUAGGCAUCGCAGUGGGACAUGUGUACUACUUUUUGGAGGAUGUGUUUCCCAACCAACCAGGUGGUAGCAGAUGGCUGAGGACUCCCUCCAUCCUUAAGAUGCUGUUUGACACACCAGAGGAAGAUGCCGACUACAACCCUCUCCCUGAGGAGCGUCCAGGAGGCUUUGCCUGGGGUGAGGGUCAGAGACUAGGAGGCUAGUCUCAGCCCCCUGUGCCUGCCACUUAAUGGACAUCUCUGAGAGCAAGAGAAAGAAAAUCUUCUUUUUCUCGACUUGUUUCUCUCGUGUACAAAAGAACAGGAGCUCCACCGAGCAAGAGGGAGACUUGUAGUUUGUGUGCACGGAAAUCAUACGCCUCGAAAUGUCUGCAAGACCCCUAACGCUCCUCUGACUGUGGGCAUGGGUUUAAAAAAAACAAUAACAACUGACGUUUGAUAUGUUGCUGUUGCUGCCCUGAACAACAGCGAAUACAAAUCGAGCAGCUGUGAGAGACAAAUAUCUAUUGAUAGUCACCAUUGUACUUGUUUCUUUUUGUUUUGUUUUCUUUUUUUUUUAAGAAUAAAUGUAUCAGUUUCAGAGUA